CUUUUUUUUUUGCAUCAAAUAAAUUUAAUUUUAAGAAAAAAACACGUUUCCAUACAACUAAAUUGUGUUUAAAAGGACGCCCAUUGUGAAAAUUGUUGUGCGGCCGGGGGCCACAACUAGCGAAAAUGAAUAGUGAAUAUAUUGGCAAGGCGAUAAGCUACCAUGGCCAGCCGCUGCAAAAGAUUUGGGACGACGAGCGUGGCGGCGAGGAGUUGCGCCAGCUGGGCCUCACCCAAAUGAACUUCAGUGUGUACCUGGAGCGGCAAAAGUAUUUCACGUUUCAGGAGCGUGCCAAGCGCCUCAAGGUGCAUCAGUUCCUGACCCGCAAGGCGGUCGAGCUCUACGAUCGUGGACUGGUGGCGAAUGUCAUGGAGGAUUCUGUUGUGGCCAUAGGCGCCGAAUGCCUUGUGCAGCAGCCACCGUAUGAGUUCUUUACACAACUCAAGGACAAACGCAAGGCCUGGACAUAUCGUUUGGAUGCCCUCAAGCAGGGCAGCAUUAUCUACGCGUCGGUGAUGAGUUUGCCCCGCUUCAAUCGUUUGAUGGUGAAGCCGCUGUGCUCGGAUGAGCCACUGCACUUGUAUCUGGCAGAUAUACCCAUAAAGGCCACCAUAAUGCAGACCAAUUGGGGUCCACUGCCGCUGGACAAACAGGGAAACCCACGUCAAUUUGGCCUCAACGAUAUACUACGCUGUGAGGUGUGUCAAAUCUCUUCGGAUGCGGAACGUCUGGCACUGAAUAUGAUUGGCAUCUAUCAGAAAUCGCCAGAUUUGAAGCUGGGACUCUGUGACAUUAAGGAUUUGCCCAAAUACUAUCGACAAAUUCAUAUUCAGGAACAUCCUUCGACUGUGCACUAUGAGGAUAUGCUGAGUGCUGCGCCGGAAUUUGAGAAUCCCAAUUAUGAUUUGCUGUUUCAAGUCAAUGGCCUGCAGCCCAAUGAGAACUUUUCAAUGAUGAGCCACAUCAAGUUGGGUUUCCCGGAGGCGGAAUAUGCCUCGGAGUUGCGACAGAAACAGGCCUCCCAGUGGGCAUUUCGCUCCGUGGCUGAUGGCAUUGAGCACUUUAAGAAUGGCCAGCAAGUUGAGGCCUUUCAGUGCCUGAAUAAGGCAUUGAACAUUGAUCCGCGCAAUGUUGAGGGCUUGGUGGCGCGCGGUGCCCUCUACGCGAAUCGUGGCAGCUUCCUCAAGGGUCUGCAAGACUUCGAGAAGGCCCUAAACUUGAAUAAGUACCAUGUGAAUGCGCGUAUAUACAUGUGCGAGACCCUGGUGGCCCUGGGACGUAGCUACGAGGAGAAGAACUGCAUACCCGAUGCGGUCAAGGCCUACAAUGAUUGCCUGAAUCUAUUGCCGCAGCAUGCGGAGGCACGUCUCUCAUUGGAUGCACUGCAACGUUGCUCGAACUUGCCCCCAGGAGUUGCAGUUGGAGUUGGAGCUGGAGUUGCAGAUGGUAAGCAUACUACGGAUGUUGUUGAUUUGGCCCAAACAUCGGACGAGUCCAGCUCCUCGAGUGGUGGCAGUGAAAGUGAAAGCGAGGAUCAAACUGGAAGAGCACGUGGCAACAGCACCAGCAGCAGCGCCCAUCCGGCACAAUUUGUUGGCGGUGCUGGCGACGACAAGCUGGCCAUUAUCGAUGCCGAAAAGGCCAACGAAUUCAAGCUGGACGAGGAUGAGACCAUGUCCAGCGUGCGCCGACUGCUGCGCGAGGCCAACAAGCACAAAAAGGCCAAAAAGAAGGGUAAAAAGAAAAAGGAUAAAAAGGAAAAGAAAACAAAAUCAAGAUCCGGCAACAAUAGCAAUGCCGGCGAUGAGGAUGACGACGAUUUGGAUCCCAUAGAACUGCUCAAAAAGAUUGACAUUAAGGAGGCCUUCAGUCAGGACAAGCUAAUGCAAAAUGCUGGCAGCGAUGCCGAACUGAAGGUCAGGCUGCGGGAGUACUUGCAAAAGGGUGGCGGCCACAAUGCCUCACCGCCGCCCCCACCACCCUCGAUGGCACGCAAGCAGGAACCAUUUGGCGGUGGCAAGAGGACCAGCUAUGAUGACAUGGGACCCAGCACAUCACGUCAUGCGCAUGCAGCAGCUGCCUCGACUUCUACUUCGAUUGCUGCUGCUGCUGUUGGCAGUAACAGCGUGCAGGUGGCACAGCAGGUGGCAGCCAAAUUCCAGGAGCAAAAGAAACACCAACAGCAGCCACAACAGGUGCAGCCAACGCCCAGAUUCUCCUUCCAGAUUAAGCGUCCCCUGCAAAUGGACAAAUUCGGAUUGCUGCGUCUGGCCGUGCCGGAGCCACAGAAGAAUCUGGGACGUAGCAGCAGCUCACGCAGUCGGAGCCGCAGCAGGAGUCGCUCGAACAGGAGACGCAGCGAGCGGCGUCGCAGCUCGUCGAGGCGCAGAAGCCGCCGCGAUUCGCGUUCCCGUUCGCACAGUACUGCGCGUCGCACCAGAACCAGAUCGCACUCGAGGAGGCGCCGCUCCAUGUCACGUUCCCGCAGUCGCUCGCGCUCUCCACGACGCUAUGGUGGCCGCUUUGGUCGUGGUCGACGCUUCGAUCGCGACCGACGCUCUCGCUCACGUUCCGUUCAUCGCCGGCGAACGCCGUCACCCUUUGUGCCACGCCGCACACCGUCACCAUUCGUGCCCCGGCGCACACCAUCGCCAGCGUCUCGCUUCCGGCGCUCACGUUCCCGCAGCCGUUCACGCAGCUACAGUCCGCGUAAUUUCCAGUCUCGCUAUACGCCGCGCGGACGUGGCCGUGGACGCGGCAGGAGCCAGAAUCGUUACGCCUGGUUCAAUCAUGACCAGCGGACAGAAUCGAAUGGACGCAGCGUUAGUCCGGGCAAAAAGGACGAUGGUGCUGCAGGAGAUCCGAAAAAGAAUGCCGAUGGUUCCAAAAAUAAUGCAAGUGAUCCCACAAUCGAGGAGGUCGACGAAAUGAUCAAAAAUGCACAAAAGGAACGCAAACAGGGACUCAUCGAGGCGACAUCCAAGGACGUAAGAGAAUAAAAAAGCAGGAAAAAAAAGCAAAAAGAAAAGAAAAAAUGCAGCGUUAAGUUUUGAUUUAGUUCUUAUACAUAUUUGAUUUUGAUAUUCAAAAACUUGUAAUAUGUUAUUAUCCUUAACCAAUUAUUGGACACCAGAAGCGACUCUACUCAAUAAAGAAGCUUUCGAAGCAAACUCUUUUUAGCAUGUCCGGCAUGCUGUGUAAGCCCAACAAA